AUGGGCAAGCAUGCCGCGAGCCGUAGCAAGGCUGAAUCGGCUGCCGACUCUCACUAUGUCUGGCCACCACGAUCCCCCCGGCGCGCUAACUACGGAAGUGAUUAUGACUCGGACUACGGGUCUGCGCCGUCGGUCCCUGACACAAACGACAGCAUUCACUCCUAUGCGCCGGACUCAGACAUCUAUUCCCCCAACACCUCGUUCGGUGCCAACACCUCGUUAGAUGAACAUGACCCCCGCGGUCAGAAUAUGCAGGUCAUCCGAGACCUGGAGGCCUAUGGUUCUGCCCAGAAGGUUGGCGUGGCCUCCGCUAACCGGGGGAUCCCAGACGAUUUUGGGACCUCUUCAGGCGGGUCCUCCCAGAUGGUGAUGAGCAGGAGGUCGUGCGCGAGGCCUUCAUGGCGAUUUGGGAGCUACAGAAUCAUCCAUUACGGGGAUGGCGGAACAACAGUUCUGGCUGAUUCAAGAUGUUUUGGCGAGGAGCUGGCAGUGGGACUUGCACACCGGCAUACUGAAGCACUGGAUUUCUUUCAUCUGUUGCUUAACGAACACAGAGCGGUCGCUGUAGUGCCAACGUUCGAGGAGGAGUUCGCCUUUCCCAUCGCGUCCACUGUCAAGAGAUACAUGUCCGUCAGCGGGAUGGGCUGGUCCAAGGUCACGAUGAGUGUUGCACCCCGGACAACAAUCAAGAACUCUGACGUGCAGUUUCGCAUCAAAUAUGGCGCGGUCAGGCUCAACGGACACGAGAACAAACUCGGUAGGGAGGUCUUCCUUGUUAUGGUGGCUCAGAGCAGAACAGAGUUCUUGUACCAAGCAAAGAAGAUGGCCGCCGCCGUGCCGUCCCUCAAGAGGCUCCAGGGCUUCAUGAUCGUCAUUAUAGGAGAUCUAGGCGAGGGUCAUGACGGUCUCGAGUUCAUACCGGCCUCGAGCUUCGACCCCGGUACACGGAUCGAAUGCUGCAUGCUGUCGUACGAACGACAGGAGUUCGUCAUGUUCAAUCAUCGAGCUGCGAGUGCAGUGGGGUUCCAGGAUUGGGAGAACGAUCCCAAUUUCAUGCGGUGGCUGGAUCUCAUUCAGCCAGGAUCAGCUUCACCGAAGACGAUGCCUCCUGACGCAUUCCUCACAUUCAACGCUCGCAUGCAAUCUAUCCUCACCUGGCACUACCUCCAUCAACUGAAGCCGCAACAGUGGACGAAGCAUCCCCCUCUGCAGACUCGAUCGAAAGAUUGGGGAAACGUUGGCGCAGAUCUUAUGUCCAUGAUGCACGCGGCGUCGCAGCAGAUCGCCGGCGGACUUAGUGGCAUAGGAGGCCACGGUGGCAAGGCAUUUUUAGGCGGCGGUAUCGGACCAUACGGUGAGGCAUCCCAGUGGCGUGUGCAACGUGUUGCACGCGCGCUUACCUUAGUCCCGCGGUCCGGAAGCGCAGAAUACAAGAAGCAAGGAUGGACCGAUACAACAAAGCUGUCAAUUGUGUCAUGGAUAACGCCGAUGGGAAAGGCGUGUAGAUGUAGAGCCGCCAUGCCCAGCCAUACUCAUGAGGGGCUCAUCUCGUACUUUCAACAAGUCUUCCACUUCCUCUAUACCUAUGCCUACCUUCAUGCAUCCAAUAACGCCCAUCUCUACUCCUCGGGUCAGGUAUCCGGCCUCACCUCGGCCAGCUCGUACUUACUUCAAGACGGCUCGGGCGGGUGGAUCAAACCCGAUCUGUGCCUGCUCAUUUUCUUAGGUGCAGCGGCGCAUGUCUUGGUCUUGCUCGAGGUUUGCGUCUCCCAGUCCGCCCCCAAUAUCAUGGGCAAGAUGGAGAAACUCCUGGGUGUUACGGCUCAGCCUGCCCUCUCGAUGUUCUUCGUCUUCGUGCGAGAGUCAAAGAUCAAGUCACCUAAGCUCCUCACACACGUCUGGGAGAGAACUUGGGUUCACUCCAAGACUCGCAUGGCGACCCCUAGUGGCCUCUUCAAGUACAAACCCGCUCGCAAAGGGUUGGGGAGGCGAUGGGGAAGGGGGACGACACUGCAGAGAACGCUAGUGUCUGAGGCAGGCGGGUUUCGACAGAUUAUCAGGACCAACGAUCUCACCUUCGCCCCCGCCGUUUACUGGAGGAGGGGCACUGCAAGGCCGGCGGUAGAUCAGGUGGAGUUGGACAAUCUGGUUCUCCACGGAGCAGCUCGAGCCUAUAUCGUUCUGGCACACCCAUGGGACUUCCACAAGGUCCGACGCGCCAGUAUAGAGAAGCAUGCACUUCCCCGAGUACUGCAAGACUUUGUUUCUUUGGAGAUAUCCCGUGAUGUUGGCAAACCAUGGGUUCGCUCCCCCUAUGCCUCCCGGGCAGCUGUAGCUCGUUUCAGGGACGAGCUGCUCAAAUCACAGGAAGUCGACCUCAACACGUAUCCCAUUGCCCAGCAACUCAAGGGUCGAGUGACGAUGAAAUAUGUCAAGUCCAUGGUCACACACUGUGUUGCGGACGUCAGAAUGGCGGUUAUGACGACCGCUGGGGAUCACUUGAGGGAUAUCGUGAAGGGGGAGCCCGCGGUGCAAGGCAGUGGCAGCUACGAAUAUAUAAAGGACACAUUACGUAUAACAAAUCUUCGUAUGUCAAUCCAAUCUUCUUCCUCUUUCGCCUGGAUGUCUUCGCUGACCAUGUCCGACGACCCACUGGCAACAGAUCCCUGCCCACACCCCAUGAUUAAUCUCGUUCUCUCCCUAACUGAGGCAACUGCUCUCGAAGCGGUUCUAGAGCAAUGUCCACUGGCUGACCGAAUUCUCCAAUCAGUUCUGUGGUGUCUUUGGGACUCGGCCAAUGCCCAGGGAAAUUGGCUUGGAGCUACGGGCCGAGCAGCACCCUCGACACGCUCUAGUACACCCAGCUUUCCCGACGACGAAGGAACGGGAGGGGUGACAGGAGUAGAGUGGGAGGAGACAGGACAGCCUAAUGCGAAAGAGGUGACAGGAACAGAGGAUGAUGCACCGCCUGAGACCAAUGACUACCAGUCUCAACAAGGCACACCGCGAGUCGCGCGCGUCAUCAAGCAAAGCCCAAGAAAUCCAAACAUCAUCGACGUGCUGACUACACUUUUGGAGAAACUUGUAAAAAGAAGACAGGCGGAGCAGCAGUCAGAAACACCUUUUCUGGCACGACUUGGAAGCGCGGUUGUUGCCAAUUCACUGCAAGAAUGUACAACAUCUCUCGCUGGGUUGCUGAGAGAUGGGGACGUUGGCGAAGGCUUCUUCGAUGACAGUCUGCCGUCCAUCCUGCAGCGAUGCAAGCGAAUCGAACGCAAUGGCACCACAAAGUUUAUCGCCGUCAUGUCCGGGGACUUGCUGGAGCCCCGCCUCGUCGCACAUUCAUGUAUUGGAUUGCGGCGGCCAGCAAAUUUGCAGCCGUUGCCCUUGGAGGUAUAUUGGCUUUACCUGUUAGAUCUGGGACAUCAGGAAAAACUGCCCGCAGGGCCGGAGCUCUUAGAAUUGAUUUGA